CUUUCUGCACACCCGUGUUCAAGCAGCUGGAUCAAGUAAAUAAUGGAGAAUGACAUUUCAGCACGAUUAACAGAUUUUCUCCUUUUCUCUUUUGUUUGAGACCGCAGAUUAGCAUCGCAAUUUUUAUAAUUAACCAAUGAAAUUUAUGUAAUUUCUUUUCUGAACCAGAUUCGCCAAUAUUUGCCUUAGAAGAUGGACCGAACCAAGACUUUUUCACAGUCUGAAGUUACUCCAGUAUCAAAAGGAGCCCACUACGCACUUCAGGUUGCAUUGCAAACGAUGAAGAAAAGAUGCCAACAGUUGCAAAGAGCAUCGACUUUGCUCGAGGACGAAAAUAUUUCCUUGAAGAAGCAGCUGGCUAGGAUAGGUGGGGACAAGUCGAUGGCCAGUAACGACGGUUCCAAUGUUCAAGAACAGAUUGCUGUGUUGCUUCAUCAGAGGAACCAGCUUUCGCAACGACUGCAGUUGGUUGUGUCGGAAAACAAGCAGCUCUGGAGGCGGCUGGCAAAGCUAAACCAAGCCAGACAAACAUUGGAAGUGUCUCUUUCCCAAAUGUCUGACACCCUGAAGCAACAUUCAGGGUUUCCUUCUUUGAUCGCCAAUGACGAUGGUAACUGCUUGGAGGAAAUAUCUUUGAAACUAGCUCAUACAAUAGCACUGGAAAAAUUGGCAUUGGAACAACAGCAAUCACAAGUUUCUGAUCUCAAGGACAGUCUGUCCCCUGACCCGCAGCCACCUCUUGACUUUGCAGAUGAGCCGGAAACGCUGGCUAUUCACUAUGACCAGCUAACUAAGAUUCGAGACAUGUUGAGACAGCAGCAGCAAGCGCUCAGGAGUGGUUUGGAGUCGGCGACCAGUCAGCUGAACAGCACUGCAAUUGAUGAGUCCAUUCAGAUGUCGAUCCAGACCUGGAUUUGUCCGAUGUGUGGGACGACCUUCUCAAAACACUUGAUGUCCAUCGACGAUUUUCACAUGCAUGUGACCAGCCACUUUAUCAAUGAAAAUAAUUGACUGCUUAAAAUUAGUUAAAUUGGAGUGAAUGAAAUUGAACAUAACGUUGAUUGGAGCUGUGAGCUGUUAUAUAUAUGAAUACAAUGUUAUUUAAUCACAU